GAUCAAUAGGCGCUGGUGUGGGUCUCACUUUCACUCCUUCAAUCUCUCUGGUGGGCUGAAUGCACGAGCCCCCCGUUCUUCGAACACUAUUUCUGUUCUCCAGCGCGCAAGGAAGCAGGUCCAAAUCCUGAUUACAGCAUCUUGCUCACUGAAAUCCCGAAAUAUCGGGGGAAACCAUGACAACAGCAGAAACCGGAGAUUGAGAGCAGAGUUGGUUGACUGCCAGUAGAACCAGUAGAACGGGGAACUCUGAUGUGAGGGAAGAAGCAUCUUGUUUUACAAGAACAGUUUGAUUUCAAAGCCCUUGCUUUUUCUCUAUCAAGUAUGGAAUCCUCGAUGAUGCGCGCAGAGCAGAAUAUCAUGACAGUUCUAUGGGGACUGAUGGUCAUGGCCUGCAGCGGCCAUAGCGCACGAAUUGUCAGUGGUCAGACGGUGUGUCAGGGAGGGGCGGAGCAUCCAUGCUACAAGAUGGCCUACUUCCGGGACAUGACCAGCCGCGUUGCAUUCUGGGAGGCCAGAAAGGCAUGUGAGAUGGACGGCGGGUCCCUGCUGAGCAUAGAGAAUGCUGCCGAACAGAGACACAUAGAGCACCUGCUACAAGAGCUUCGGACCUCCUCAACAGCGGGGACAGAAACAGGGACUGGAGCAGGUACCGGUAACGGAGGAAUAGCAGACGGUGAUUUCUGGAUCGGGCUGACAAGGACAGAUGGAGAGAACACACAGGAACAAGAUCACUUCGCCUCCUGUCCCGACCUCUACCGCUGGACUGAUGGGAGUGUGUCACAGUUCAGGAAGUGGUAUUUUGACGAGCCGUCGUGCGGAGGGGAGGCGUGUGUAGUGAUGUACCACCAGCCCACAGCGCUCCACGGGCUGGGCGGAGCCUACAUGUACCAGUGGAACGACGACAGGUGCAACAUGAAGCACAACUUCAUCUGCAAAUACGAACCAGAGAGCCAUCUGGUGAAGGAGCAGGGGGACAGGCCUGGAGCUCGUGACCCAGAUGUGACGGUGGCACAGACAAUAGAGGUCAAACAGGCUGGUCCCAGUGAGGAGGAUGGCGCCUCACACGUAGUCAUAGCCGGACCAGGGAUGUUUCUGGUCUAUGUAAUCAUCCCCACCAUCCCUCUGCUGCUGCUCAUCCUGGUGGCUUCUGGGACUUGCUGUUUCCAAAUGUUCAGCAAGAGCAAACCGGGGACAAAAACCAGUGUUAACCAAUCAACACUCUGGAUAUCCAAGAGCCCUAAGACGGACAGCAUGGAAGUAUGAACGGCAUGUGGCAUCACAAACAAGAUCCUCGGAAUGAACGGAACCAACAGAAUGAUAAAGCCUAUCCUCUGAUACUAUCCCCUGUUCCAAAUACCUCUAACCAUUCACCUCAACCAAUGACCAGCUCUCGUCUUCCACGUGUCUUUUGUCCAGUUUGUUCAUGUCUCUACCACUCCUCUCCACCACCCCAUCCUCCUCCCCUCCACCCCAUCCUCCUCUCCACCACCCCAUCCUCCUCCCCUCCACCCCAUCCUCCUCUCCCUCCACCCCAUCCUCCUCUCCACCACCCCAUCCUCCUCUCCUCCACCCCAUCCUCCUCCCUCCACCCAUCCUACUCUCCACCACCCCAUCCUCCUCCCCUCCACCCCAUCCUCCUCUCCACCACCCCAUCCUCC